AACAACAUCCGGUUAUUUUUUCUUUUCUCGUGUAACUGCUGCAGCUGUGCAGCUCCAGCUGAGAGCGUGACACAGUACAACGCUUAUCGAAGUUCAGGCGAGCUGCACUAAAAAAUGAUGGCUUCAAGUUUCAGGGACUGCAAGGCAUGGAGUGCAGAAGGUCUUCCAUUGUCCACCAGCAGUAAUGAGGCUUGCAAGCUCUAUGAUGCCUUACUCACUCAGUAUGUGAAAUGGCGGAAUGAUGACACCGUGGGAGGAUUUGAAGGAUGCAUUUCUGCUAUCCAGGCAGCUGACCCUAACUUUGUUAUGGGCCAUGUGAUCAGCACGGGGUUGGAUCUGAUGUCAACGUCGAGCUCCACCCGUCUGGACGAGCGUCUUGCCAGCGCUGUGAGGCGAACAGUGGAGCUGGCCAACAGCCAGGAUAUCUCUCCCAGAGAGAGGCUCCAUGUCAAGGCUAUGGAGCUCUUCUCUCGUGGAUCUUUUCUCAAGGCCUGUGAUGUAUUGGAAGACAUUCUGGUUGAUCACCCCACUGAUAUGCUGGCUCUCAAGUUUGCUCAUGAUGGUUACUUCUACACGGGAGCCCAAACCCAGACAAGGGACUCUGUUGCCAGGGUGCUGCCCUACUGGAAACCCCAUAUGCCUUUGUUCAGCUACCUAAAAGGAAUGUAUUCCUUUGGUCUCCUGGAGACUCGUCUCUAUGACCAGGCUGAGAAAGUAGCCAUGGAGGGCCUCGCUCUGACUCCAGAUGAUGCUUGGGCUGUUCAUGCUGUAGCCCAUGUUUAUGAGAUGAAAGCAGAGGUGGACAAAGGCUUGAAGUUCAUGGAAAGCAGAGAGAAUGAUUGGCAGGUAUCUGACGUGCUGGCCAGUCAUAACUAUUGGCAUUGGGCUCUAUACUUCAUUGAGAAGGGGCAAUACGAAGCCGCUCUGCAAAUAUACGAUUCUCAGGUUUUCAGACGUUGUAAAGCCACAGGAUCCAUGCUGGACAUUGUAGAUGCCAGUUCAAUGCUCUGCAGACUGGAAAUGGAGGGUGUGUGCGUGAAGGACCGUUGGCGAGAGCUGCUCCAGUCAACACAGCCUCACACCGACGAUCACGUGACCUUGUUUAAUGACCUCCACUUCCUCAUGGUGUCGCUGGGAGCCAAAGAGAGCAAGACUUCUCAGCGUCUGCUGGAGGGCCUCCAGGAAUUGGCUAAAGAGCCAGGGGACAAUCAGCAACACCAGAUAGCAGGGACUAUAGGUGUAUCUAUGUGUCAGGCCAUGAUGGAGUACCACGAGGGCAACUACCAUCAAACCGUGGAGCUACUGCACCCUUUCCGUAACCGUGUGGUAGAUAUAGGUGGCAGUGAUGCACAGAGGGACGUCUUCAAUCAACUGCUUAUUCAUGCAGCCAUGAAAUCAGAGAAUAAGGACCAUCAGAAACUGGGAAGAUGUCUCCUGGUGGAGCGCGAUGCCAUGAGGCCGAACUCCCCUCUGACGGAGCGUCUGACAAAGAGAGCCCUGGCUCUUCACCAGACUGACUGAAUGCAAAAAACAUCACGCAACAUAAUCUGAUGAGCCGGUGGGAGCUUUGAGAGAUUUCUUUACCAACCGCCAAAAACCGCCAGAAACUCGGCACUGUUGUCAAGACAUCUGAAUGUUUUUAUUAGGGACCCACGAUUAUGGCCGAAAUGAUAAUCACGAUUAUUCAGAUUUUAAAGACAGAAUAUUUUUUUUAAUUGCAAUUUCACAUUUAAACAUACAGGGCGCUGCUUUCACUUCCAUGUUGUGCUACAUUCCAACCGUCAAAAAAUUCUAAAUGUUAUCAUUUUACUUUGUCAUCUAUAAUGGUUAUUUGAAUUAGUCGUACCUAAUUAUAUAAUAUAAGCUGCUUAGAGCUAGUGGUCAUAAUUCCCUCUCUAUUAUCUCUUUCAUAUUGCCGUGAAAACAUCUCCUUCAAAACAACUGGAUUUAUUCAAGUUUCUCGCUAAAAACUACAUUUUACAAGAUUACAUUGAAUGCAUCAUGAUAGCGUUAUAAUUUACCAUCGCCUCAUAUUAAUUUUUACUGAAUAGAGCCUGAAUGCACCAUAACGGAAUCUCUGUUAACGGCAGACGAGCCGGUCACUGUGAUUACUCUGCACAGUGUCCACGGGAAUGAAUUUCAAUAUAUAAGUGUCUGAUUAAGUUGAUUGUUCUUAAUGUUUUUAAUGUUGUUGUUCCGCGGCUUAUUUUGGACUUGCAAAUUGCAGCUUUACGUCGUCUUCACUCACACUGAAGAACUUCCACACCGACGACAUGUUGUUUGUAUGUAUAUGUGUGUGUCUGUGUGACGUUACUGACUGUGUCGCUGUGUGCCGACGUAAAACCAUCAUGUGGCGGCUGCACGUGUGUGUGCGUGUGACCGGUGAAAAAUCGGAUAACCUAUAUGAGAAAACCAGCCGGCUCCGAUCGGCAGUUAAUUGACGGUGCAUCUCUCGCUGUUAGUUUAGGAAGCACUUGGUUUAUGCAGCAGUUUUCUAUCAGCGUAGCACGCUUUUUAAAUGCCAAAAUCGUGAUCGCAAUCAGUAUUUGAUUAAUUCUGCAGCCCUAUUUUCAAUGUAGAGCUCUGCAGACCACUUAAGCUUUGUAAGUGAACACAUUUGCAUGUUUGUCAAGAUUAUGGGCUAAUAUUAAACACAGGUUGCAAUUUGCAUGAUAAAUAGCCUUAAAUCACAUAGUUGAUUCUUUUAGCUAAGAGCACUGAUACUUCUAAUCAAUAUAGAGCUGUGUAACUUUUUAAUUUUAUUAGCAAACAUCACAUUUAAAUAUAAAUACUGUGAAAUAUAAAUACUGUGAAAUAAAAUCCUCAUGUCAAGUUCAAUACAAAAACCAUGUUCAAAACCAAUAAAUAUGCAUUUUGCAUCUGAUGACUGAGUAACACAAUAAAGUGCACUACACUUUUAUGCCCGUAGGCAAAAGCACAUUAAGAGUAAGAAAUGUACUCAAAUGUUGCAGUGAUACAGUAGCAGUAAAAAAAAAAGAUGUCCUUGCACAUGUCAGACGAGCUGAGCGGAGUACUGUAAGUUCUUCUCUUUCCCCCGCGGCGGCCCGCUUUCACAACACUGAGGUAAUCUCAUCUUGGAUCUGAGAGAUCAGGAUCUGGGACAGCACAAUGCCUGCAAUCUAGAGGACAGUAACAGCCACUUUAGAUUACAGAACAGACUAUGUAACUGCACAGCGUGUGCUGAGCAUCUCUAGGAAAUAAAAUUAGAUGAGACUGUU